AUGAAUAAAGAAAGGCUGUUAGGAAUUGUAGGGGGGUUAAAGGUGAGCUCGUCGGGGCUCGUCGGAGCUCGCGAAGGUCGUUUCAGCCGCGAGUUAAGGUCGUUUGUAGCUUCCACCUCCAGAAACUCCACAAGGAGAUUCGAUGUAUCCGGCCAAAAUAGAGAGAAGGAGAAGAAGAAGAAGAAGAAGAAAGAAGGUCGAUUUCCAAAAAUUCGACCUCUUGACAACAAUUUGUGGAAAUUCGACCUCUCCGACAACGAUUUGUGGAAAUCGUUAAAUUCGACCUCUCCGGCAAGAAAAUUCGACCUCACCUGCUCCUUUCCUCAAGGUUCGAUUUGUGAAAAUGGGCAGCCCCAGCCUCGAUUUUGUUCGCAAAAUGAAGCAACAAAAUGA